AUGGCCGUGCGCGCUAGAGCAUGCCAUCGAUAUGCUCUGGACGCGAGUAUUACGGGCUGGAUAAUCUCGGACCAAGACUUAACGGCCGUGGAAAGCUCCUCGGAGUCGAUCGUCCCGGACCCGAGAAAACACCUUUGUGAGUUCUCCCUUUCAUGCACUGCGUCGAUCCCCGUGGACGAUCACGACGCCGGCUCUGAACCUAGAGUCCAGGUCACCCUUGCGGUGGACGCCGCCCAGUCAACGCACCGCAUACCGAUCGCGAUCGCGAUCAUCCCAUUUCACUACGUGCGGAGAAGAUGGCACGUAGGCCAAGACCCCACGGGGAUUCCGGCGUGGCAUCUGGCGGAACGACCCCGAACCAUGGAACGCAGGGUGGUAUCGGUCAGCCACCUGGGGAGUUCCGCAAGCCCACCUGUCAUCGUCGCCACUGGGAUUUCCCCUCUGAGUGAUGACUUAAUGAUUGAGUUUCCCCGGAUCGCUACCAGAGACGACCCACCCAUCACGGGCAUCUGGAGCACUUCAAAGUUCGGCUCUCAGCCGGGUUCCCCGGCUCCGGACUCUAAACACUCACCGGCAGACAUCGGUGGCUAA